AUGAAAAUACCACAGUCUAUAGCCCUCGUGGGCUUCACCUAUGCCGCCACGGCUUGGGCAUCCUUGGGCGCGCCAGGUCCUUCCAUCCGCCAGGUUAAAGGCCAAAUUGGCCAACUUGGGGACGUCACAAACAAACCCAUACUAGAUGGAGACAAAGCGAGCACAUUCUUCGUCGGCGACUUCCGGGACCCUACAGUAGUGUUUAGAGAAGGCCUCCAACCGGGUUUCGAUACAGGUCUCGACGAUGCUGCCGGUGCUACUACACCCGAAGACGUAUUCGUAUCACCGUCGCACGAAGCAUCCAUCGACAUGUCAUUUUUCCAACAGGAAUCCGAGGCGCAAACCGGCUUCGUCUACCAAGUCACCUUGCAUGGUCUGCCUCAGGGCCACUGGCUUCACGACACGAACCGCAACGAUGCCGAGACUGCAGAUUUGUUUGUCGUGCCUGGAGCCAUCCCCCCCAAAAACAUUCAAGGCGUAUACAUCUACCGCAAAGAUGGCUCCGGUCUUGCUGUAAAAACCAAAUGGAUCCCGAACCAAAACCCGCCAGAUGCUCCCCGCCCCCGAAAGAGGCAGACCAAAAAGCCCUGUGUCCCGAUUGACCCGAACGAUGUUGAUCCGGAGGACGAUGACACCCCGGUGGUAGAUGAGGACGGGACAGUGCAAGAGCCCAAGGAUCCCCGUUGUUUUACUAAUUACCAUGGCAGUGUCAAGGAUCGGGAAAGAGACAAGAAGAAGAGGAAGAAGCCGGGGUCGUCGUGGAGACGCCGCAAUUGUCUCGACGAAUCUGAGGUGUAA